GUCCUUCAGAGUGAUCUUUCUGCACACUACAUCCCUAAGGAGACUGAGGGCUCAGAAGGGACUGUGGGAGAGAGAAAAGUUAGGAAACUGUAAAAGAAGAGAUCAGGAAGAAAGAAGGGGACACAAACAAAUGGUAAUGAAGAGAUUGAGACAGUGAAAUUGGCCCGUUCUGUCUUCAGCAAACUACACGAGAUUUGCUGCAGCUGGGUGAAAGAAUUCCCUCUCCGCAGGAGACCCCAGCUUUAUUAUGAGACAUCAAUCCAUGCCAUCAAAAAUAUGCGCAGGAAAAUGGAGGACAAACAUGUCUGCAUUCCUGACUUCAAUAUGCUCUUCAACCUAGAGGACCAAGAAGAACAAGCUUACUUUGCAGUGUUUGAUGGCCACGGGGGAGUGGAUGCUGCCAUUUAUGCUUCCAUUCACUUACACGUUAACCUAGUACGGCAGGAGAUGUUCCCCCAUGACCCCGCCGAGGCUCUCUGCCGGGCCUUCCGGGUCACUGAUGAGCGCUUUGUGCAGAAGGCAGCCAGGGAGAGCUUAAGAUGUGGGACCACAGGAGUGGUGACUUUUAUCAGAGGCAACAUGCUACACGUGGCCUGGGUGGGUGAUUCCCAGGUUAUGCUCGUGAGAAAAGGCCAAGCCGUUGAACUAAUGAAACCACAUAAACCAGACAGAGAGGAUGAAAAGCAGCGAAUUGAGGCCCUUGGAGGUUGUGUAGUCUGGUUUGGUGCCUGGAGGGUCAAUGGAAGUCUGUCAGUCUCCAGAGCUAUAGGAGAUGCUGAACAUAAGCCAUAUAUCUGUGGGGAUGCAGAUUCUGCCUCCACUCUCUUGGAUGGGACUGAAGAUUACCUCAUUCUGGCCUGUGAUGGCUUCUAUGAUACCGUGAACCCUGACGAGGCAGUGAAAGUUGUGUCUGACCACUUGAAAGAGAACAAUGGAGACAGCAGCAUGGUUGCCCACAAAUUAGUGGCAUCAGCUCGUGAUGCCGGGUCAAGUGAUAACAUCACGGUUAUUGUGGUAUUCCUGAGGGACAUGAACAAAGCUGUAAAUGUUAGUGAGGAAUCAGAUUGGACAGAGAACUCUUUUCAAGGAGGGCAAGAAGAUGGUGGGGAUGAUAAGGAGAAUCACGGAGAGUGCAAACGCCCUUGGCCUCAGCACCAGUGCUCAGCACCAGCCGAUCUAGGCUAUGAUGGGCGCGUGGAUUCAUUCACUGAUAGAACCAGCCUCAGCCCAGGGUCCCAAAUCAACGUGCUGGAAGACCCAGGCUACCUAGAUCUCACACAAUUAGAAGCAAGCAAACCUCACAGUGCCCAGUUUUUGCCAGCAGUUGAAAUGUUUGGUCCUGGUGCACCAAAGAAAGCAAAUCUUAUUAAUGAGCUAAUGAUGGAGGAAAAAUCAGUUCAAUCAUCAUCAUUGCCUGAAUGGAGUGGUGCUGGAGAGUUUUCCACUUCUUUUAAUUUGGGUUCCACAGGGCAGCAGAUAUACAGAAUGGAGAAUCUGUCUCCUCUCUAUUCUGGGUUGGAAAAUGAACAGUUUAAAUCCCUGGGGAAAAGAGUUUCUAGGUUGUAUCAUUCACGCCACUACUACUCCAAAAGGCGGCAAAAGUUUUACUCAUUUCUCUCUGUACGAGAGCCUUCCCACAAAAUAGGCAUUAGCCUGACCUCACUUAUUCGAAGUGGGAAGAGAAAUAGGGUGUUAAGAAGCUCUGUGCCAUGGAGGGAAAACAGCUGGAAAGGGUACAAUGAAAACACAGUGAGGAAGGCUAGAGAAAGUAACGAUACUCUGUGCCCAGAUGUUUUCAGCUGUAAAAUAUAGUACUUUUUCAUUAAAGUAGGCUAGCUAGCUCUCCCUCAGUUAGAAACACCACUAUGAGUAGAAACAAGGUAGACAUUUCUAAAACAUGUGCUUCAUUAUGAACCCAUGGAUGGCUCAAUUCUUAAAUGUAAAUAGAUCUCUAGGAAACUCAAAAUAGUAUUUCAAAAAAAAAAAAAGUAUUGGCGGUUUCACUAGCAAAAUUAUACAGCUGGUCCCUGUGAUGUGUCUCUACACCUGCCCCCCACCCCACCCCGCCAUUCCUUCAUGACACUAAGCUUCAAGUUAUUUCAGUCAGGAUAUACAGUGUUGAAAUCGCAGUUCAGUUGAAAUCUAGUCUGAUGUGCCUCAUCUAUGGAAAAGUCAAUGCAGAAUUUAGUCGGGAAAUCUCUCUCAAGAUCUUGGGGCCUUUGAAGGAUCCUUUUCCCCCUUUUGGGGUAGGUAAAAGACUAAAAGCCAUACGGGUUUUAGCUGGUAACAAUAAAAGCAGAAAGCUAAUGUAAAGGUGUCAUAUUCUCAGAUUUAUGAGGCAGGAUAUAGUCAAAAUUUAUUGAUUUUUUUUUUCUUGUAACAUAAAAGACUAUGAACAUUUUUUGAAUUAAAAAUAUUUCCUAGGGCUGUAGUUAUUUGGGAGUUUCAUACCUGUCAUGGUGCUUUUGGUGGAAUUUUUAUUAUUUGUCAUUUUAGAAAACCACUGUUUUAAUCUAUGAUGCUAAUGUGUUUUUUCACUGUACCCUCAUCUCAGGAAUAAAACUGGUUUAAUAGAGAUGAUGUCAGGUACAAAUAUAUGAGAAUCAAAAUGCCAUUUAUAAAGGAAGGUUAAAUAGCAUUUGUAUAUUUUCUACCUUUUUUUAAGUUCACAGUUCACAGACAGUGUGGGCAUAUACAACUAUAACAUAAAAAGUGGUUUUGGAGAAUUAAAAAUGCUAGUUUCAACUUCUCUAAAAUGUUUUCCCCAAGGGAAUGAAGUAAUUGGUAUGAAGGAGACAGAAAGUACUGCCUAAAGCGAACCCAAAGGCCAAGUGCAAAGGAGAAUGCCAGGUCUGUUCAGUUAUAAUUGGAAGACAAGCCAGAGUCCUGCUACAGGCAAAUUCAGACUGUAGAAACAGGACACGUGCUUCUCAUUUCAGUAUUUAGUUAUAUUUUAUGGUUUAAAAUCAUCCGUGUUUUGCUAUUUCUGCCUUUUCAAGCCAGAAGCAUAUCUUCAAGUAAAGACAGCAAAUAAACUAUCAUUCAGCAAAGCAGCCUCUGAUUCUGAGAAUCACGAAUGUCUCCAUGUCACCCUUCCCUAGC